GAUGGACGACACGACCUCGGAGUCGUCCUACGACAGCGCCUCCGACUACCACCUGUACGAGGAGAUCCUCUACGAGGCCACCACGGCCUCGAAGCCUCCUCAGUCUGUCCCUCCGCCUCUGCCGGCUCGGCCUCCGCAUCUCUUUCGCGGCGGCCAGCAGCCUCUCGACGCGCAUAGCCCGGUCCAGCCCCUCAAGCAGCAGCAAGAGCAGCAGCAGCAGCCGCGGCCUCAGCAGCCCUUGCCUCCCUCUUCCUCCUCACAACGACAGCAACAGCAACCCCAACAAGAAGUACAAACCCAGCAGAAGCAGGCGGGCAGCCACCCGGUGUCCCCCAAGCACGUAGACAGCCAGCAGCAGCAGUCUCCUCAGAGUCCCGGCGCCGCCAAGCCCGCGCCGCCUCCCAAGCCCCCGAAGCCAGCGAGGCCGGCGGGCCCGGGCGUCGCAGGGAAGCCGGUGCCGCCUCCCAAGCCCCCGUCGGCGGCGCUCCCCUCGCCCGCCAUCACCGUCACGCCGCCGGCCCCCUCCGGCGCCUCGCAGCAGCAGGCCAAGGGGAGCAGCAGCAAGUCGGCCCCGCAGGCGUCGAAGGACAAGCCGGGGCAGAAGGAGCAGGAGCAGCAGAAGGGCGGGGAGGGCGCGACCGCCCUCAAGCCUCCCACCAACAAGCCCAAGCAAAGGAGUAACCUCUACUCCAUCUUCAGGGACCGCGACCACCGCCGCUGCCUCUCGGCUUCCCUCCAGCAGGAGUACCACCAGCAGGACUACCACGCUGACACGCAGCCCCCGCACCCUGCCUCCGCCCCCGCCACGUGCGCCUCCCUGGCCGCGGCGGACGACGACUACGGCUUCAAGGUGGUGCCCCACGUGGUCUAAGGCCGCCCUCCACCCGCCUCUCCAUCCCUCCUCCCGGUGGGUGAAGUCUCGAGACGCUUCUCACGGUCUUGGACGUCUCGCAAUCAAGUUCCUCCCCCUGUCGAUCCCCUCGUCAAUGGUGUGUAAACGAGUGAUUAGAUCGUGGAUUCUAAGCCCUCUCGCGGUUGGCCAGGAGCGGCUUGCGGGCGUAGGACUCGCGCAAGUCCGUCUCGGGCCAACUCGUUCAUGUUCACUGCCUAGGACCUCUGGCCGUACAAGUGUCUCUACCAUGGUGAUUCCUAGUGACUUAGACUAGUACUUUACUUGUCUCCCAAUCAUUAAGGUGCUUACGAAUAAUGUUACUCAUGGAUUCCGAAAAGAAAAAAAUGUUUACCCCGUGUAUCAUGUUUAUCUCUUGGUGUCAGAGUGAAUGUGUUUCAUCAGUUUUCAGUUCAGUUCGAGCGGCUUGCUCAAGACUUGCCAAGCUAUCUGUAGCGACUUCAUUGUAGUCAAGUUGAAGUCUCUAAAAAUAAAUAAAGGGAUUUUAGUGCAUCAAAAAAUGACACUUAUCGAGUGCAUCAUUGUGAUUCGCCGCUCAGAAAAAGCGUUGUAACAACGAAAAUAAAAAUGCUUAUAUAAAAAGCCAGACGAAAGUGAAUUGAAACGAGAAAAAAUAGAAAUGAAAACAGAAAAAGCGGAAGAGAAAAUAAAUGAUAAUUUCCACUACCCAACCCCCCAAAACAAUUUCACCCUACUAGGCCAAGAAAGUGGUUGGAUCAGAACUUCAGGUGUUCACUCAGGUUCGCUAAUUAAACCGCCCUAAACAACGGGAAAAAAGCUUCAAGUACCGACAUCUAGAAUCCGUUGGAAGCAGCAAAAAGAAAAAUAACAAAAACAGAAAAAAACACGGACCUGAAAUAUAAACAGAACGAACGUGUCGGCAAACUCCGCGUGAGAAAAGAAAACAAUGAAAAAUUGUUUCCAAACUAGCGACGUGCGAAGUCUUAUGUAUUUAAUUUGUGUUUGUAAACGUCGGCGACAGCGAAGUAAACA